AUGGCGUCACUUACAACGUCCAGCGGCGACGCCCAAGGGGAGCAGAUCAACACACACAUCGUCACCCUCACUAGAUUUCUUACCGAAGAGCAAGUCAAGCACAAGGAAGCCACCGGGGACUUCACCCUCCUCUGCCAUGCGCUGCAGUUCUCCUUCAAGUCAAUCGCCUACUACAUCCGGCGUGCGACACUGGUGAACCUGACAGGGCUGGCGGGGUCCAUGAACACGACGGGAGACGAGCAGAAGAAGCUCGACGUCAUCAGCAACGACCUGUUCAUCGAGGCGAUGCGGUCGAGCGGCAAGUGCGCGCUGCUAGUGUCGGAGGAAGAGGAGGAGGUCAUCUUCUUCGGCGACGCCAAGCACGCCCGGUACGCGCUCGCGUGCGACCCCAUCGACGGCAGCUCCAACCUGGACGCGGGCGUGUCGGUGGGCACCAUUUUCGGGAUCCACAAGCUGGCCGAGGGGUCGACGGGCACCAAGGAGGACAUCCUAAAGCCGGGCACAGAGCUGGUAGCGGCGGGGUUCACCAUGUACGGCGCGUCGGCGCAGCUCGUCAUCACGAUGCGCGGCGGCAGCGUCAACGGCUUCACGCUCGACACGGGGCUCGGCGAGUUCAUCCUCACGCACCCCGACAUGCGCAUCCCGCGCAGGCGCGCCAUCUACUCGGUCAACGAGGGCAACUCUCUCUACUGGGAGGACGACGUCAAGCGCUACUUUGAGUCGCUCAAGCAGCCCAGCCCCGAGACUAACGGCAAGCCCUACAGCGCCCGCUACAUCGGCAGCAUGGUCGCCGACGCCUAUCGCACUCUCCUCUACGGCGGCAUCUUCGCCUACCCGGCCGACAAGAAGAGCCCCAAGGGGAAGCUGCGCAUCCUGUACGAGUGCGCCCCCAUGGCUAUGGUGUUUGAGAACGCUGGCGGCCAGGCGAUCGACAGCAACAUGAACCGCAUGCUUGAAGUGGUUCCCGAGAACAUCCACGACAGAGCGGGCAUCUUCAUGGGCAGCUAUGACGAGGUGGAGAAGGUCAAGGGGUUCCACAAGAACUAA